AUGGCAUCAUCAUUCUGGGUGGAGACUGAGGACUGGCACACAGCUGGUGAACCAUUUCGAAUCGUCGAGAACCUGCCUCCUGGGCAUACUACAGAAGGAUCCACCGUAGCUGAACGCCGACUCAAUAUCAUCAAAACACCUGGAAAUCCUCUCGACACUCUUCGCCAAUCGCUUUGCCACGAACCUCGCGGCCAUGCCGACAUGUACGGCGGCUUCAUCGUCCCACCAGACGACUCCGAAGCCCACUUCGGCGUUCUAUUCUGGCACAAGGAUGGAUUCUCUACGGCAUGCGGUCACGGAACGAUAGCCUUGGGCUACUGGGCGAUCAGUAAAGGAAUUGUAAAAGCUCCUGAAGGCGAUGGAGUUGUGGAUGUCAAGGUCGACGUUCCUUCCGGGAGAGUCGUCGCGAGCGUCGCGAUUAAAGCGGGAAAGCCAGUCCAUGCUGACUUCGUCAACGUGUCGAGCUACCAGCUAGCCCGCAGCAUACCCGUUGAGGUGACCCCGCGAAACCUGAAGAUUGAAGUUGAUCUCAGCUUCGGUGGCGCGGUCUAUGCAUCGGUUGAUGCGACAGAUUUUGGACUGCGCGUCGAGCCCCAAAACUACGAUCUUUUCGUAGCUCUUGGACGAGAAAUCAAGGCUACUCUAGGGAAGCGGGCGCAUUAUGGAAAAUACGAUUUGUACGGCGUGAUCUUCUUCAACGAGGACGUUAGGGGAGGCGCGGAUCCAGAAGCGGUUCAGCAGCGGAACGUCACAGUCUUCGCAGACGGACAGAUUGAUCGCUCUCCAUGCGGUUCAGGAACCUGCGCUAGGCUUGCAGUCCUGCUCGCACAGGGAAGACUUGGAACCGGAAAGUCAAAGUUGUUGCAUCGGUCGAUAGUUGAUACUGUCUUCGAAGCGGACAUAAUCUCUCAGGAACAGAGUCCUAUCGAAGGUUUUCCGGCAUGUAUACCUCGUGUCAGAGGUCGGGCAAAUUUGGUGGGCCGCAUGAAUUUCUUCAUUGAUCCAACAGACGACGUCUUCCCGGGCUUCAUCUUCAGAUGA